AUGUUAGCUACUCGCUCUAUCUUGAAGACUGUUGCUCAAAACCCUGCUGUCUUUAGAAACACGAUGGCCACUGCUCCUGCCCUUGGUGUUAGACACUUUAAUGCUUCUCGUCAAGCUAAAGAGCAAUGUGCUGCUGCUGAAUCUGAGAUGUUGCGUCAACAACGUAAAGUGCGUCCUGUGUCUCCUCAUUUGACUAUUUACCAACCUCAAAUCACUUGGUACUUGUCUGCUGCUCACCGUAUAACUGGUGCUGCCUUGGGUGGCGGUUUCUACUUGGGUGCUCUUGCCUAUCUUGCUGCUCCUGCAUUUGGUUAUACUGUCGAUACAGCUGCUAUUGUUUCUGCAGCUGCUUCUGCUCCUGUUGCUGCCAAGGUACUUGCUAAAACUACCGUGGCUGCUCCUUUUGUUUUCCACAGUCUUAACGGUGUUAGACACUUGAUUUGGGAUACUUGUAAACUGAUCGAAAUUAAGGGUGUCUAUGCUUCUGGUUAUGCUGUUCUUGGUGGUACUGUCAUUGGUUCUUUAUACUUGGCUUCCUUGUAA